GCAAAAACAUUCAAGAAGAUGAGAGAAAACCAUCUCUUAACAUUGUUACUCGGAGUCUCUCUAUCAGCAUUACUGAUCUUAACCUUCUUCAUAUGUUUCUUCUUCAGAAGAAAACACUCAUCAACCGAACAAGAUCAAUACGACGUCGAGUCACUAGACCAUAAGGUCCAUACCAAACAAGGCUUCUCCUCAAAAACAGAGGAGCUCGUGACGUUUCACGGAGGAGAAGAUCUAACGAUCUGCGAUAUCCUCGAUGCUCCGGGAGAAGUCAUCGGAAAGUCAAGCUACGGGACUCUUUACAAGGCUUCCUUGCAACGUAGCGGGAAAGUUAGAGUUCUCAGGUUUCUCCGACCAGUUUGUACAGUGAGAUGUGAUGCUGAGGAGUUUAAUGACGUCAUCGAGACGCUUGGGUUUGUUCGACACGAGAACUUGGUUCCUCUGUUAGGGUUUUAUGGUGGAAACAGAGGAGAGAAGCUUAUGGUUCAUCCUUUCUACGUUUCCGGGAAUCUCUCCGACUUCAUCAAAAGUGGUGGUGAAGAAUCUACAAAAUGGAGUAACAUUUUAAGCAUCACAACUGGAAUAUCCAAAGCUAUUGAUUAUCUCCACACAGGAAUGCAGAAACCAAUCAUCCACGGCAAUUUAAAAUCCAAGAACGUUCUUCUUAACUCGAAUUUCGAGCCUCGAAUCUCUGAUUUUGGUUUGCAUCUUCUCUUAAACCAAACAGCAGGACAAGAGAUUCUUGAUGUUUCUGCAGCUGAGGGAUACAAAGCUCCUGAGUUGGUAAAAAUGAAAGAAGUGAGCAAAGAGAGUGAUGUCUUUAGUCUCGGUGUAAUCAUGCUUGAGUUAGUCUCUGGUAAAGAAGCGAUCUAUCUUGCUGAAUACAUGAGGAAUGAUGUUCUUGAUCAUAAACUGUACCGUCCUGAGAUUCUCAAGAGUAAUGGUAGUGAUCUAAGUGAAGAAUGUGUCCUCAAGUAUCUUCAGCUUUCAUUGUCUUGUUGCUCUCCUUCACCUUCUCUUAGACCAAACAUGAAGCAGGUCUUGAGGAAACUCCAAGACAUCUAG